UCCCCUUCUUCUACUCCUCAGUCAGUCUCCCACAUGAGCUGGAUGCAGAUUCCGUGUGUGGAGUGGAUUUCAAGCUGGUUCCUUCAGACAAUUCCCCUUUCUACCCUUCCAAGCAAAACCCUAUAAAUGCCUCUCCUCCUUCCCCUCCCAUCCCAAUUCCACUCAAGACCCGAAAAACAAUCCUGAAAUCUGAAUCACUACCUCCUGUCCGUCUUAUCCAUUCCAUCAUCCAUGGAUAUCUUCACCAAUUCCCCAAUUCACCCCUUCUUCUUCAUCUUCGCCGCCGUCUUCGCAUCGGGUCUCUUCAUCCUCAACCGCUUCUUCUCCAAGCGGGGGCCGCAGCAAUUGCCUCUCCCGCCGGGAUCCAUGGGGUAUCCGUACGUCGGAGAGACGUUUCAGAUGUACUCGCAGGACCCCAAUGUGUUCUUCACCUCGAAACAGAGCAAGUACGGUCCAAUCUUCAAGACCCACAUCUUGGGCUGCCCUUGCGUCAUGAUCUCCAGCCCUGAAGCUGCCAAAUUCGUGCUGGUCACCAAAUCGAACAUAUUCAAGCCCACAUUCCCGGCCAGCAAAGAGCGGAUGCUGGGGCGGCAGGCCAUCUUCUUCCACCAGGGGGAUUACCACUCCAAGCUCCGCAAGCUCGUCCUCCGAGCCUUCAUGCCGCAAUCGCUCCAUUACAUCGUUCCGCAAGUUGAAUCCCUCGCCCUCCACGCCCUCCAUUCAUGGGAAGCCACCCACGAAAUCAAUACCUACCUCGAAAUGAAAACGUAUACGUUCAAUGUGGCGCUGCUGUCGAUAUUUGGCAAGGAUGGAGCUAUGUACGGGGAGGAAUUGAAGAGGUGUUAUUACGUUUUGGAAAAGGGUUACAAUUCGAUGCCGGUGAACCUUCCGGGGACGCUUUUCCACAAGGCGAUGAAGGCCAGGAAGGAGUUGGGUCGAAUCGUGGCGAAAAUCAUGGCGAUGAGGCGGGAGAUGAAACAUGACCACAACGACCUUCUGGGUUCUUUCAUGGAAGACAAAGAACUCACCGACGAGCAAAUCACCGAUAACGUCAUCGGAGUUAUCUUCGCCGCCAGGGACACCACCGCCAGUGCUCUCACCUGGGUUCUCAAGUACCUACGAGACAACCCAUCUGUUCUUCAGGCCGUCACUGUAAGUUUCUUUCUUUCUUCCGAAGAGCAAGAGGAGGUCGCCAAGCAGAUGAUUAGUAGGGAGAAAGGAGCUCUGAGUUGGGGAGACACAAAAAUGAUGCCAGUCACUUCAAGGGUGAUUCAGGAGACACUCAGACUCGCUUCAAUUCUUUCUUUCACUUUCAGAGAAGCUGUCGAAGAUGUUGAGUAUGAAGGGUAUCUAAUCCCCAAAGGAUGGAAAGUUUUACCACUUUUCAGGAACAUUCACCACAACCCUGAUAUCUUCCCCGACCCUGAGAAAUUUGACCCUUCAAGAUUCGAGGUGGCACCAAAGGCCAAUACAUUCAUGCCAUUUGGCAGCGGGACCCACGCGUGCCCUGGGAAUGAGCUAGCUAAGGUGGAGAUAUUAGUGCUGCUUCACCACCUGACCACCAAGUACAGGUGGUCUAUCGUGGGUGACAACAAUGGAAUUCAGUAUGGUCCUUUUGCUCUUCCCCAGAACGGUCUGCCCAUCAAACUUUCCCUCAAGAAAUAAUGAAUUAACAGGCAGUAGUUACAGAGCAACAGCAAGCCAUAAUCAUCAAUCCCAUUUCAUUUAUGAUAUCCUGUCAACCACUACCCAGAGUGUCCUUUCCUUUCUAUUAAUGGGAAUUGCCCAAAACAAGCACCCACAUAUAUUGCAUUCGAUUCAUUGAUUGGGGAAGAAAGGGACAGAAUGAAGGAAGGAGGACAAGUGGCAAAGCUGCAGAGAGCCUCAGGCCACCACCAUGGUCAGGCUGGCUGCCUGCCAAACAAGGAUAUGAAUACAGCUACUGUGGAAGAGAGAAAGAAGAAGGAAAGUUUUGCUUCAAAGGAAAGGGAAGACCCCCAAUUGUACAGCAUGAAAAGGAGUCUUGAUUCACUUUCCUUGCUACUAAGAGAGACUACAGCAGAGCAAGAAGAGAGAUCUGGCAAAGGACAAACAAGAGGAAGGAGUGGAAUUCACUGAAGGAAGGAAUCUUCAAAUAUCAAUUUUGUUUCCUUUUGGGUAGUUUGCAUGUUGUUGAGAAAGAAAAAGGACAAAGGAGACAGCAGGAUGAUUGAUAUGUGUCUCUGGCGAUUUGGUUUCUUCUUUUUUUCCAAGUUUGUGGGCUUGAGCCGGUCAUCCAAAAUGUGGGGAGCCGAUAUUUUUGUAAUUAGGAUCUACCAUGAAAAGGAACUACAGUUUGCCGUAAGGUCAAACUGUAAAAUUGUUUUUAACAUUUCAUUGUUCAAUAGUUUACCUUUUCCUUAUUUGUUUCGAUCUCGUUUUCCUUUAUAAGUAAUUGGUAGACGAUCAAAAUUUUAAUGUUGAAAACGGUAAAUUCGAGGGUGAAACAAUGAAUUAUGCUAAUUUUAUGAAGUUAUUACACUUCCUCGGGUCUAUAAUGUGCAGCGAGUUCAUCUAGCAUUCAUCUACAUCUUUG